UGUAGUGGAAAAGAAGACCGAUAGUUUUUUAUAUCCCCGUUAGAGUUUCUGCGGGGGAAAGACAUGUUUUGCGGAGGAAAAGUAAAGUGUGAGCGCGGACCGCACAGUCGCCAGAGCCGACAGCCAAGGGAUGUUACCGAGAGUUACGCGAGCCUCCUCAUCAGCAAAAUAACCCCAUAAAUCUUUCUCUGGCCGAAGGGGGGACGAGAGCUCUGUUUUGGCCUGCAACACAGAGGAGAAGAAGGACAGGGGGAAGACAAAACAAGAGGAGUGCCUUAGAAGUGGGGAAAAAAAAGAGGAGCGCUACAGAAUCUGCAGCACUUUGUGAACUGUGAAGAAAAGAUGAGACCAUUAAAGAAACACAGAGGGCGUUCUGCCCCGUUAACGAGAGGCAGAGGCGGGAGAAAGAGAGGGGGCUCUCAGCCGCUUCAAGAGAAAGACCCCAAAAGAGUCAAAACACUCGUCAAAACCACGCAGCAUACACCCAACGUUCCCUCCGCACGUAAACAGACCCCGCCCGCAGCCACCAACUCUGAGGAGGAGCCGAUCGCUAACAGCAACGCCCCCAAGACGGAGGAAUCUACUGAGCUGACGAAACCUGUGGAGUCCGCUGAGAAGGAUGGAAAGAAAGAAGGGAGCACAGAAAAGGAGAAGACGGCGGGCACGAAUGGAAAUAGUGCCAUGUCCGCUGAUACUGUAGCAUUUCCUACCUCUGCCCCAGCGCCGCUCUCCACAGCCACGCCCCCGCUGGCCACCAAUCACAGCCCGAGCUUGGGCUCAGUUUCCAGCAGGAAAACGGCCACAUUUAAGGCACGCGUACCCAAGAAGAAAUACACAUACGAGCACUUUGUUAACAAUACAAGUGCCCCGACUACCAUUCCUACCUCCAGCCCUGCACUCAUACACAACAGUCACUGCAAUAUUAACAGUAAAAUCAGUGAUAGUGUGAAUAUGCCCAAUAAUAAUUUCAAGAGCAGUAACAGUAUUAGUAACAGCAUUAAUAAAAACAUUCGUGUUAGCAUCAAUAGUAGUACUAACAGUAACACUACAAGUGGUAUAACCAGCCUGACUAACAGUAGUGCUGGGAGCCAUAGUACUUUUAUCACUAGCAGUAAUAGUAGAAGUAAUAAUUGCUCAGGUAAUCAGCCAUCAGUGCUAACUGUGGAUAGUAAAGCUACAGAAGCAAACCAUUUUGUUUCCACGGAGGAUGGGGCCCUCGGGACAGCAGAUUCCCAGGAAAAAGAUAUCCAAGUUGGGGAAAAUGAGGCUGAGGGGGCCCCUAACUCAGUGCGUUCUACGUCCACCGAUACAGCUAGUGAGCACUCAGCCGACCUGGACGUGAUGGAAGCAACAGGGCCGAGCCUUCAUCAAACGAACUCCCACAUCCCGGCUCCAAUCCAUAACUCCCACCAUAAAGAGGCCAGUCUUUCAGAGGGGCUCGCCGAAGCUCUGGCCAAAGGCAUGAAAAACCAGAGAGUUCUCGCUCGCCAGAUAAAGAGGAGCGUGGAGAGGACUCAGGACUCGUGCCCUGUGUCGCCCGUGUUCAGACCGGGGGUGGUGCGUAAGGUGAGUGGAGGUUCUGUUGAAGUCCAGCUCCAAGUCGAUGGAAGCCUCGUUAAAUACCCUUUCCAUGGGGGGACCGUGAUGGCCCCGUCACCAGGAGCUGAGAGCACCGUGGAGUUCAUUUUGGACGCCCCCCCACCUGGCAUGGCACCUGUGGCUGUCGGGACUCGAGUGUGUGUGCCCUUUGGUGGAGAGGAGGGGGGUCCUCUGCUGUACAGGGAGGGGAUUAUUGCUCAGGUGGACCCCCACCCCGGUGUCUCAUUUCCUUACCAGGUGCUCCUGAGUGAAGACAGGGAGACUGAGGUGGAUGGCGGGGUGGGGGAGGAGAAAGAGAAGAGGAAACCUAACGCUCAGGCUGUGUGGGUGUCCCGGCAAAGUCUGAGGCUGCUCACCCCUCCGUGGGAGGUCUCGCAUUUGGACGGUGGGAGGGCAAAGGAGAGAGAGCGGGAGAGGGAAAGGGAGGAAAGGGAGCGGAGGGAGGAGAUGGAGGUGGAGAGGGAAGUGUGCCAGUUGAGUAUUGGAAUGGGGGUGCUGGGAGGGGGAGCGAGGUUGGGCCACGGGUUUUCACACGAAGGGGUCGCGGGAGGGCAUCCCUAUGGAAACGUCCAUCCAGCCCCCCAUCCCAGCGUCGCUUCCAGCGCAGCUCACGGCUGUGGAGAUAACUACUCUGACAGAGAGAGACAGAAACAGCCAAACACUCCAGAAGAGGACGUUGAGGUGUCUCGUUUCAACAUGGGUCUCACGGUUGGUCCUAAGCCAAACGCCGUGACCUCUCAGCACAGGAACAUCAUCUCAAAGUCCAGUGGUUACCCUCCCACGUCCACCCACCUCUCUGUGGUGCGGGGACCCCCACACCUCUCCACCCUAGCUUCUCCUCAGCCACCCCCUUCCCCUGCCUUACUGGGGUCUGAAAUGAACAACACCACCCCGAACAGACCUCCAUCGAAGACCACUCCAACUCAGACCCCAACUCCCACUUCUGGUGGGGGGUCGUCCUCUGCCUCCUCUCGCUCCAGGACUCCCCUCUCAUUGGCUCAGCAGAAAUAUAAGAAGGGCGAUGUGGUGUGCACCCCUAACGGUAUCCGUAAGAAGUUCAAUGGCAAGCAGUGGAGGAGGCUGUGCUCCAGGGAGGGCUGCAUGAAGGAGUCACAGCGUCGAGGAUACUGCUCUAGACACUUGUCCAUGAGGACCAAAGAGAUGGAGGCAGCAGGGGGAGAGAGGGGAGGAGGAGGCAGCAGCUCGGGCACAGUCACCCCCUCUGACCUGCGGGGGAGAGCAAGCAGUGAGUUUGAGUGGGACGACACAUCAAGAGAGAGCAGUGAGGCCAGUAGCAGAGGAGACUCCAGACCUCGCUUGGUCCUCCCCUCCCUCCUCCCCCAUGACCUGUCGUCACGCUUUGACUUUGAUGAGUGUGAGGCCGCCACCAUGCUUGUGUCAUUAGGGAGCUCCCGCUCUGGCACCCCCUCCUUUUCUCCCAUCUCAAACCAGUCGCCCUUCUCCCCUGCCCCCUCUCCCUCGCCCUCCCCGCUGUUUGGCUUCAGACCGGCCAACUUCUCCCCGAUUACCGCCUCGCCUGUCCUGCAGCAUCGGAGGCACAGGCAGCCCAGCGGGACGGGGGGAGGAGGAGGAGGAGGAGGAGGAGCAGGGGGCAGCAAGGCAACAACCCCAGCUGGAGGAGGAGACAGGGAGAGACACACUUCAGGAAUCCAGCCCUCCUUCCACAGCAACCUGAUGUUUACAGUCCCCAUGAGUCCCAGCAAAAGAAAGCCUGACGCGCCUCCUCCGCCACCCCUUCCCUCACACCACCACGAUUACACACCCAAGACAGAGCAGGAGCAGGGGGACCUCAGCAGCUCCUUCAGGGUGCUGUCCCCCCAGACACCCGCUUCACAUUCCCGCACACACACACCCACCUUCUCCCGGCCCAGAGGGGUGACCACCCCCUCCUCUAGUAGACCACCGUCCUCCACUGCCGUCUCCCCUCCUCCUCUGCUGGUUUCUCCAACUCCUCCUUCUCCUCUCACUCCCGAUGGAGGGCCUCGUCGUGUGGUCCCUGUAUCCCAACAGGCCUUGCGGGACUCCCCUGUCAUUGUGAGGAAUCCCGAAGUCCCACUGGCAAAAUUUACAGAGUGUCCCCUGGGAAGAGGAGGAGGAGGAGGAGGAGGAGGAGGAAACGAGGGAGGGACAGAUAACACCUCAUCCAAAGACAUCAGCCUAACACCCCUAACCCCUCAGCCGAUUUCUGGCCUCCAGGUUCCCGUCCCCAUUAACGCUGCUGCAGCCGCAGUACCCAAUGGCACUGUCCUCUUACGGAGCCCAGCCCAAACUCUGGUGCUUGUGUCCCCCACACCUUCCUCCCUGCCCACCCUCGACACCCCUAACGCCCCCCUGCAGGCCCUGUCAGUCACUGUGAGCACCACAGUCACAGCUCCUCUUCCAAGUAGCACGGACAGCUCUGGGGAACGAGAGGACAACAGGGGGACAGGGUUUGGGGGUGAGGUCCAGCAGCCAGUUCCCUGUCACCCGUCUCCCACUGCUCUGCUGCCCCUGAUCCUCCCAGCUGAAAGCCUUCACCCCGUCCCACGAAAAGACAUCAUCAUGGGACGUCCUGGCACAGUGUGGACCAAUGUAGAGCCCCGGUCAGUUCCAGUCUUCCCCUGGCAUUCGUUGGUCCCUUUCCUGGCACCCACCCAAUCAGACGCUUCUUCUCAGCCAGGAGAGGGCCCGCACCCAGUCAACCACCCCCAAGCAGCCAGUCUGAAGACAGAGUGUCAGGGGGUGGCAGCGCUGUCACAGGAACCUGCAGAGGCACCUCCCACCGUAGAGAGAGGUCCCAUGUCCCGGCCUCUCCCCUCUUCUGAUGAGCCGCCUCCAGAGAAGGAGAAAGGGGAAGCAGAGAGGGAGAGGCCUGACAGCGAGACAGAGAGUGACGUGGAUGACCCCUUUCUUCCAGGGGUUGUACCAGAGCAGCCCCUAUCUACAUCUCCAGUUAAGAGGCGCACUCAGUCCCUCAGUGCGCUGCCCAAAGAUGGAGAUAAGAGCAGCCCUGGAAAGAGGGAGAAGGACCACAUCCGGCGACCAAUGAAUGCAUUUAUGAUUUUCAGUAAGCGCCAUCGAGCAUUGGUGCACCAACGGCACCCAAACCAGGACAACAGGACAGUUAGCAAGAUUCUCGGGGAGUGGUGGUAUGCUCUGGGACCCAAGGAGAAACAAAAGUACCAUGAUCUGGCCUUCCAGGUAAAAGAGGCCCACUUUAAGGCGCACCCAGACUGGAAGUGGUGCAACAAAGACAGGAAGAAGUCCAGCUCUGAAGGCCGUGGGGUUCCAGGGGGCAAAGACAUCAGAGAGAGGAGCAUGUCUGAGUCCACAGAGCCCCAUUCGGUGGAGCUGAAGGCGGUUGGUCCAGGUCUGGUGGGUGUUUCUGAAAGGAGUACAGGAGAAGGUCAUGUGGGCCAGCUUACCCGUCCCAGAGCCUUCUCUCAAAGCGCCAUGCACAGCCUGGAGCGGGGUGACAGGGGUAAUACACAGGCCCUGGCAGAACUAGCACAGAUGUGCGGGGAUGGUGGCAGUCAAUUUUCAAGUCAUGCCCAACAGUCCCAGCGGGGGGUCAGCGAGGACAUGACCAGUGACGAGGAGCGCAUGGUCAUCUGUGAGGAGGAGGGAGAUGAUGAUGUCAUCGAGGACCCUUAUCCUAGCAGUUCCAUAGACCUCAAAUGUAAGGAGCGGGUGACUGACAGCGACAGUGAGAACGGCUCUGGAGACGAAAGUGAUCGGAAGAGAGUUUUUGCUCCAGUCAUUUGCUCCUCUGCAUUAACAUCUUCCUCGCACCAUACACCUCAUGGCAGGAGUGUCUCACUGUCCUCUUACCCCACCAGCAAGCGUUACGAUGAGGGGAGAUCAGGAGGGGGAGGGUUUUCAGAUCAUAGGAGGAAGGAAAGAGGAGAGGGAGAGGGUAAGGACACAUUUGGGGGGGAGGGAGGAGGAGGAGUGCAAUCCACCUCUCUCUCCCUCUCUUCUGGCCAGUCAGUCAUAUCGACUUCUCCAGCUGGGGGGCCUCCAUCCUCAUCAGUAGGUUCACUGGGUGCAAACUCGCUCCUGGGCAUUGGCGCGGUAAGGGUGGCCUCUACGGUGGUGACCAAUGUAAUGCGUCCUGUUAUCAGCACACCGCUCCCCAUCGCCAGCAAACCUAGAGAUGGAGGCACGUCAUCCAGCCCCCAUCCACCAGAGAGGAAGUCCCUCACUCCCCAGCAGCAGCCACAACUUCUAAUUGGUUCAGGACCAGGAGGUGGGGCUGCAGCCACAGGGGGUGGGUACUACUCUUCAUCAUCACCUAAUCCCGUAGGUGCAGGCGUUGGCUCAGGUGGUGUUGUGACGAAUUUAGUGUUAGGAGGGGCCCUGUCUGCUCAACCUGCUGUACAGCUCAUCACCCCCUCCCCCCAGCCUCAGCCCACACAUCAGCAGGCGCUUCCCUCCACUGCUGUUUCAGCACCGCAUAGCCAAACCAAUGGGCCCCUGCCUCUGCCUCUGCUUCAGCCCCAGUUCCUCCCCGCCUCUUCCCUAGCACCCCCUGGGGGUAAGGCCAUCACACAAGUUCAGUACAUCCUGCCCACCCUACCUGCCAACACCCACCCCAAGAGUCCACCUCAACACCUCAACCAGCCAACCAGUAUCUUCAACCUGCCCACAGCUCCACCUACACAUGUUUCCCUGGCCAAUGGAAAGCAGCAGGGUACAAGUUCACUGACAGGAUAUACGUCCAGCUCAGCAGUGGGAGUUGUCAGCCCUGGACCUAGAGUGCAAACACAGUCUCCAGUGCUCCAGGGUAAAAUGUUUGUUCCCAUGGCAACGGUUCGAACUGCAACAGCCCCUGCCCAACAGUUUCCCAUUGUGGCUCCACCUCUUCCUGUCCAGAACGGUGCUCAGACCGGAAGCAAGAUCAUCCAGAUUGCUCCCAUGCCUGUGGUCCAGUCCCAGCUGCCUCAGGGUGGAGCAGUCCACCCUGCCAGCCCCUUCCCUGUAACAGUGGGCACAGCAGCUGUUGUGGCUCCAGGAUCAGCCCACUCUCAGGCUGUACUACUGCCACCAGCACCUACCAGGAUCACCUAUGUCCAGUCCACGCCAGGGGUCCCAUCCACGCUGCCUCUGGUCUCCACGACAACGGGCUCUUCCACCACACAGCAAGCCCUGCCAGUGGCUGGAUCUGCAUAUGUUCCAUCGCCCCUAGCAACACUCGGGUUCACAGCCAUCGCACCACCUGGACAGGCGCUGGUUCAGCCACUGAUUGCAGGUCAGCCACCGCUCCUCGCCCCAGCUCAGUCUCCGUCGCCCUCCACCUCAGCCCCUGGCUCAGGCGGCCAGAUAGUCACUGCCAUCUACCCUCCUUCACCUAGCGUCACCAUGGCAACAGGGGUGGUCUCCAUGACAGCAGUACCCCCCAGCGUGGUCUACUCCGUCUCAAGCCCUUCCAGCGCUUCCCCCCACAUCCUGUCCAAACACACAGCAACCCCGACCACAAUCACACACACACAUCCGCAGCUCCAUCUGGACAGACAGGCAGACAGGCACCUACCUCCGGACAGACCUACAGAUCGACAAACUGACAGACAGGCUGAGAGGCAGACAGAACUGCUGAUGCAUUCGGACAGACAGUUGGACAGACAGUUGGACAGACAGUUGGAGAGGCAGGCGCAGACCUCCAGCACUAGCAGCUCAGUGGCACCUCCCAGUGGCUCAGCUGUGUCCAUAAGACCCUGCAGUCCUCCACUUCAAAUCCAAACACCUGGCAGCACACCAGGUACACCCAAACUAACCCAGCUUCCAGUCAGAACCCCUCAGAAGGUGAAGGCAACGGUGGCAAACAUCCCUGUGGGCAGCUACGAGGGUGGAGGCCGAGGAAAAGAGAGAGAAAGGGAGAAGGACAGGGAGAGGGAGAGAGAGAGGGAGAGAGAGAGGGAGCGGGAGAGGGAGAGGGAGCGAGAGCGGGAAAAGGAGAGGGAGAGGGAGCGAGAAGCUGCAGCCACGAGUAAUUUCUCCUUUGAUCCCGAGUCUCCAUCGACAUAUUCUGCUGAGGAGCCGCCAUCCUCUGACAAACCCCUGGAGGGCUCCAGUGCAGCGGACUCUUCUGACACACGGAACAGGGAAAGCACAACCACCAAAGAGGCUGGAUGGAAGGAGUCCCUCCCCUCCUCUCCUCUCCCCCCUCCAGCAGCCACAGAACCCGCCCUGCCACCCCCACAGACUGACAAAGACGGCCCUACACCCAAAAAGGUCAAAGCCCGCCCACCCCCUCUUAAGAAGACUUUUGACUCCGUGGACAAGGUGCUGUCAGAGGUGUAUUUUGAGGAGCGCUUUGCAGAGCUACCAGAGUUUCGGCCUGAGGAGGUUUUGCCUUCACCCACCCUGCAGAGUCUGGCCACUUCUCCCCGCGCCAUUCUGGGCAGCUACCGCCGCAAGAGGAAGAACUCUACAGAUUUGGACUCAGCCACUGACGAUCAAGUCUCUCCUAAGAGGAAGAGUCGGCGGCGCUCAAGCUGCAGCUCGGAGCCCAACACGCCCAAAAGUGCCGCCAAGUGUGAGGGAGACAUCUUCACCUUCGACAGAGCAGCCACAGACGGGGAAGACAUCCUGACAGAACUGGAGUUUGAUAAGGUGCCGUACUCCUCCCUGCGAAGAACCCUGGACCAGAGGCGAGCACUGGUCAUGCAGCUGUUCCAGGAGCAGGGCUUCUUUCCAUCAGCUCAGGCCACUGCAGCCUUCCAGACAAGAUACUCUGAUAUAUUUCCAACCAAGCUGUGUCUGCAGCUGAAGAUCAGGGAGGUCCGGCAGAAGAUCAUGCAGACGGCGGCCCCCUCUGAUGCCUCUGGUUUAGGCAUCCCCGACUCAACUGGCUCCCUCCCCGGACCCUCUGGCUCCCAGUCAGGAGAAGGAUCUGUGAGAGGAUGUGGGGAGGAUGAAGAAGAGGAGCAAGGGACAGAGGCGAGCCCAGAGGAUCCUCGUGACUCACAGGACUCUUCUAGAUGAGGGAUGCUGACAAAUUAGAUUGACCAAUCAGUGACUGUUGACAUCACACCUUCCCACCCCCUACUCCCUCUUACACUUUACUUUUUUUAAUCCACACUUUUAACUCUCCUCUGGUCAAAUCCUGAUUUCUUUCCACCGUCAGCAGACAAACCUGAGAUGUUUGUAUGCAAUGUUGGGACUUUACUUUUUGUAAUGUGUGACCCUUGUACCAAAAAAAAAAAGGACACGUGAAAGACAAGUGGCACAAAAACUACCCCAAAACACACACACACUGCA